AUGCCGCCGUUUGCAGGCGCGGUGCACGGGCCGGUGCUGACCCUGGUGUUUGGCUCGGCGGCGAGGCAGCAUGCGGCGCUCGCGCGCGCCGAGUGCUUCUACGAGUCGGAAAAGCAUGCGAAUACCUACCUGAACCUCGAGGAGGCGCGCGACGCACGCAUCUGCAAAGGGUACGAGGCGUUUAAUCUGCCCACGAGCGCCAUCGACGCGUGGCUCGCGGCGAUGCACGCCGCCGAAGGCGCGCAGGACGUCGAAGAGGGGCCGUGGUACCAGGGGCUGUGCACGCCCGAGGAGCAGGAGGUGCUCGCGUACCUCGACACGCUUGCGCCACGGCCGACGUACCUCGUCGCGGCGCUCGUGCAGAGCGCCGAGGUGGCCCUUGCGCACGAGCGCCUGCAUGCGCUCUACCAUCUCUCGGCGCCAUACCGCACGCUGCUGGACACGCUGUGGAACGACCUCUCCCGACCGGUGCGCGCCGCGAUCGAGUACGACCUCAAGAUGCGGGGGUACAAGGAGAGCGUGUGGCCCGACGAGCUCGGCGCAUACCUCGGCGUGCGUGUCACGCCAGCGACCAAGCGCGGCGAUCCGAGCCUCGAGUUUGGAAACAAGUGUGCGGACGAGUGCCGUGACGUGCGCCGCGUGCUCCUCGCCAAGACGCCGGCAUUUUGGCGCGAGGACGCUGGCGUGGACGAGGCGGCGCUCGAGCUCUCGCCUGCGUUUCUCGACGCGGCGCGCGCGGCGCUCGUGGUCAAGGCGCCUGCAGCGCCCAAACCGGCCAAAGGACAGCGCAAGCCGCGAAAAAAGUAG